UAUACGUUAAGACAAAAUUUAAACUCAACUGAACAAAGAUGUGAAAGGAGAAAAUGAAUAAAAAGAGAAAAUAGUGCUGGUGUAAAACUGAAAAUGCUUAAAAUAAGUAUUGUGCUAGAUUGUUUUGAACAAGCCGCCGCUUAGCGGAAGUGAUGUUACUGACAGCUGUCCAAUCAGAGAGCGAGCUGCGAAUACGCGGUAAGCGCGAGCUUAUGGUGAUGUUUUGUGCUGCCGUUCAUUUAUUGUUUUGUUUGUACCAGAAUAUCAAACUUUCAUGUUCGUGGCGGUAAUUGUAAAGGAACUUAAUGAUUUUGAAGUCCUUACGAUGGCGGAAAGAGAGCAAAACGUCGCGCUGUGAGUGUUUUUGUGCUAAACAAUCGAGGGUGGUAAUGUCGCAUUAAUUCUAACGGAGCGUUCCUGUGUUUAUUUACAUAUGUUUGUUUGUGGAGUUGAUUAAAUGCCAUAUACAUGAACUACUGAGGAGUAUAAUUUCAUAUAAAUGUGCACACAAUGCCGAGUCUUCCUCAAAACAACCUAAAGGAGCAACUGGACCGACACAAUAAUGCUGCACACAACAAGCUGUCACUGCUCAAACCAAAGCCUGGGGGGUUUUGCUUCAAAAAGAAGUCUUCAUCAGGCAUCUCCAAAGUGGAAGUUCCUCAAAAGGUAACUGGUGCAAAUGUCUUAGCAAACAGGAGUGUCAAUGUUCUCCGCAGCUGUGAAGUAACCAAAACUCCUGUGACAUUUUCGCAAAAGCCUGAAAGAGUGGCACCGAAAGUCAACUUCUUCACAGCACCAAGCAAGCCGAAGGCAAUUACUGUUAAUCCAUUGGCCAACCCUUUUGCUGUGAACAAAACGCCUCUUGUCCAAUCCACCAUAAAGGCUUUGUCAAAAUCUGCAGCCUUGCCUAAGGAUUCUACUGAUGAUCAAACUGUGGGUGAACCUAAGCGUGACAUCUCUCAACUUUCCUUCAAUGAAUGGGAUGAUUUGGAUGAUUUUGAAACCCCAGUCAAGGGAAGAGUAGUAUCCCCAAUUGCAGGGACCUCUACAAAAAAGCCAAGUGUAUCGGACCAGAACACAUCCCCAAAUUCCUCUUGUGCUAGGAGUGACGAGACUACAUUAAAUGGAGGUUCACAGGCUACAGAGACCAUAACUGUCCCAAAGGACGUCCUGUCAGCUGCAAAUGGAGUCAGCACAGAGCCAGAGGACUCGCCCAUUAAAAAAAUUAAAAGACGUAAAUCAGUCCAGCAAAAGGCAUUACUGAGUGACACUGAGGAUGAGGAAAUCAUCGACUGUACUUCACCAGUUAAAAACCAGGAGGAUAUCAAGUGUGCGACAACUACAGAAGAAAACAACUGGUCUGAGACAAACAUCAUAGAUGUUGAUGACUGUGAGACCGACAACUUUUAUGAAAAUUAUGAGGAUUUCAUCCCACCAUCCCCUGUACCUGAGGAGACCAGUCCCUUUGUCUCAGAUAAGGAGAAAAGUUCAUCUGACUCUAUUACCCAUGCUGACAAAAAUGUACCACCUCGUGAAUCUGCUUCAAGCCUGUCAGCGCCCUUGGAUAAACCUGCCAAAGACUUAAAAGGAACUGAUGAUGCUCUCUUUAGUGUUAUGGAGUCUAUUUGUCAUCUAGUGGACACUAUUCCAGAGCAUGAGCUCAUAGCGCUUACCUGCGGUACAGAGCUAUUACUGCAGAGAGCACACAGGAAAAGGAUUAUUGCGAAUGGUGUACCAUCCAUAGUAUCUCAAUCAGCCCGAUCAGCAACUCCAUAUUCUAGUCUGCUUAACAGAAAAAGUUUUGGAGUCACACCCUCUAGUCUGUCAUCAUCGAUGACAUCAGAGAAGGGAGGGGGUGUCAAAACAGAUUUUCGUGAGUCCAAUUCCUCCAUCAUGUUUCUGGGAAAUGACUCUGUAUUUGAGGACUCAGACUGCAUCAUCAAUGGUGUUGAAACCCCUGGUGGUUCCUGGAAUCCUAACUACUCCUCAAAAACAUCAACUACUGGUGACAUCUUAAACGGGUCAAGUCCAGCUGUAAGCAAAUCUGAGGCAAAGACAGAUAAGUGCUACUCAAGGUUGUCCUUCAAUGAGACAAACAAUCAGACUGUGGAUGUAGAUCAGAUUGGCCUGUUUUAUUCCCCCAAGAGAGUGGAUUCAGGCAAGAGAAAUGCAGAGAGCAGUGUUGAAACCAGCACUGCAGUACCCAACAGUUCUCGAGCAGACACAGAGCCAGUUGAUGACUUUGAUAUUGAUGACUUUGAUAUUGACGAUUUUGAUGAGACUGACAUUCCAGAUUAUUAUGAAGAACCUUCAAGUGUCUUGGCAUCAAGAGACAGCUCUGGUGCAAAUACUCCAUCAGUUCGAGAGGGUGGGCCUUCAAAGCCGCUGGAGAGAAAGACAGUCACACCAACAGCACCAAAACCUCCCAAAACACCCAACCCUGAGCCUGUGUAUAGAAACCCAGCUCAUGACCGCUUUAGAGGCUUCAGCUUUCCUCAUAGCCCAGAGAUGAUGAAGAUCUUCCAUAAGAAGUUUGGGCUGCAUCAGUUCCGCUUCAAUCAGCUGGAGGCUAUUAAUGCCACACUGUUAGGAGAAGACACGUUUGUUCUGAUGCCUACAGGUGGUGGUAAAAGUCUCUGCUAUCAGCUUCCUGCUUGUGUCUCUGCUGGGGUAACAGUAGUCAUAUCUCCUCUACGGUCUCUCAUAGUUGACCAGGUCCAAAAACUCACCACAUUAGAUAUUUGUGCAACUAGUUUAUCAGGGGACAAAAAAGACAGUGAGGCUGCGCGGAUCUAUAUGCAGUUGUCUAGGAAGGAUCCCACCAUCAAACUGCUUUAUGCAACUCCUGAGAAGGUAUGUGCAAGCGGACGAAUGAUCAGUGCCCUUCAGAAUCUGUUUGUAAGAGGUUUGCUGGCUCGCAUCGUCAUUGAUGAGGCCCAUUGCGUCAGUCAGUGGGGUCAUGACUUCAGGCCAGACUACAAGCGCUUGCAUGAGCUCAGACGGAUGUUUCCCAAGGUUCCUAUAAUGGCACUGACAGCCACAGCCACUCCUAGAGUUCAGAAAGACAUUCUUAACCAGCUUUCAAUGACCCGUCCUCAGGUAUUCACUAUGAGCUUCAACAGGCACAAUCUCAAAUACUCAGUUUUGCCGAAAAAGCCCAAGAAGGUUGAUGAGGAAUGCAUUCAGUGGAUCAAGAAAUAUUACCCACGUGACUCGGGGAUCGUGUACUGUUUGUCUCGUAAUGACUGCGACAAUCUGGCUGACAGUCUUCAGAGGGCUGGGAUUGCGGCGCUGGCUUAUCACGCUGGCCUGAGUGACAGUGACAGGGAAUAUGUCCAGAACAAAUGGAUCAAUCAGGAUGGCUGCCAGGUUAUGUGCGCCACCAUUGCGUUUGGCAUGGGUAUCGAUAAGCCUGAUGUGCGUUAUGUGAUCCAUGCCAGUCUGCCCAAGUCAGUGGAGGGUUACUACCAGGAGUCAGGCAGAGCUGGUCGAGAUGGAGAGAUUUCCCACUGCGUCCUCUUCUAUUCUUACAGCGAUGUUAUCCGCAUCAAGAGACUCAUUGCUAUGGAUAAAGAUGGCAACCAGCAAUCCAAAGCCACCCACAUCAACAACCUGCACAGCAUGGUGCAUUUCUGCGAGAAUUUGGCCGAGUGCAGGAGAAUCCAGUUGCUGGCUUACUUUGGCGAGCACACGUUUAAUACAAGCUUCUGUAAAGAGCAUCCUGAAGUCAUCUGUGACAAUUGUGCCAGACCACACAAAUAUAAAUCAAGAAAUGUCACUGAUGAUGUGAAGAAGAUCGCGAGGUUUGUGCAGGAGAACUGUGAGAAGGUUGGAAGCAGAUAUGGCAAAUCCGCCCAGAUGAACCGGCUUACCCUCAACAUGCUGGUUGACAUAUUUCUGGGCUCCAAAAGUGCUCGGAUCCAAUCUGGAAUGUUCGGGGUUGGAGCAGCAUAUUCCAAACACAAUGCUGAGAGGCUCUUUAAGAAACUGGUGCUUGAUAGUGUUCUGGUGGAGGACCUGUACAUCACUAACAAUGGGCAGGCAGUGGCCUAUAUCUCUGCAGGGCCUAAAGCUAUGAGUGUACUGAAUGGCUGCAUGCAGGUUGAAUUUGUUGAGACCGAGAGUGCAUCCAGCAUCAGAAAGCACAAAGCCUCUGUGACUGAGAACGUCUCUAAGAGAGAGGAGAUGGUUAAAAAGUGUCUGCAGGAACUCAAUGAUCUGUGCAAGAAGUUGGGCAAAGUUUUCGGCAUUCAUUACUACAACAUUUUCUCCACAGCCACACUCAAAAAGAUUGCUGAGACCCUCUCGCCUGAUCCGGAUGUGCUGUUGCAGAUUGACGGUGUGACCGAAGACAAACUGGAGAAGUAUGGAGCUGAGUUUAUUGAACUGCUGCAGAAGUACUCUGAGUGGCAGCUGCCUGCUGAGGCGCAGGCCGAGAGUUCAGGAUGGAUUGACACGACAAGAGGCCAUCAAAAUGAAGAUGAUGAUUAUGAUGAAGGUGACAUCACAUCAACCUAUUUCAGAAGCACCUCUGGACGAGGAGCGAAGAGAAAGCAAGGGUCUUACUCCAGGAAACCCAAAAGAAGGAAAGGUUCCAGUGGCCAGAACUCCUCCUCUAAAGGUGGAUACAGCAAUAACUGGUCUUCAUCAAGAGGAGGAGGAGGAUACAGGGGUGGGAGUCGGAGUGCAGGCAGAGGUUCCAGGCCCUCUCCGUCAGUCCCAGCAGCAUCAGUCCCAGCAGCGAAGAGGCCCGGCUUCAUGGCUUUGCCCACCCCACACACUGCUGCUCGUCCAUUCCUCAAACCAACAUUCUCUCACCUCUAGAAACAGAAUAUUUCCACUGGGAAUAUCAAGUAAAUUGACUUUGUUAAUAUUUGUAAGUUGUAUACAUUUUUUACACAGAUUUUUUAAUAAAUAUUGUUUUGUGGUC